AUGCAGUUUAGUGUGGUUAGUUUAUUGUUAAUACUAUCCCUGCAAAAAGCCGGCAGAUCCCAGAACGUGACCGAUUUUUGGAAAGGCUUGUACACCUACAGGAAUUGCUUCUACCAGAAAAACCCUGGAGUAUGCCUCAAGGAGAGAGCCUUGGAUGCCUUAAACGAAACCAUCUUCGACGAUAGACCCAUGAUCUUGGGCGUAUUCGAAAUACAAAGAAAUCCGGAUUACUUCAUCAACGAAACUCAAUACGAUGAGCUACCAGUUGCUGAACAAGAACGAAGUUUGAGACUAGGCGACGUUCUUAUGGAUAAAAUAGAGGAAUUUUUCAAAUCGCGAACAGUCAAACUCAAUUUAUCCAACGCAUUCGAAGGAAGGAAAGGAGGCGGCGGAGGCGGCGGCGGGAAAAAAGGCGGCAACACGGCGAUGAUGGUAAUGGUGGGCAUGGGAGCAAUGAUGGUGAACAUGGUGAUGGGCAAGAUGGCGAUGAUGGCGGGAUCAGCGUUGAUGAUUGCGAAGAUUUCGCUCGUGCUCUCGAUGAUUAUGCUGGCUAAGAAGAUGCAGGAGAAAGGAGGCGGCGGCGGCGAAGAGAAGCAUAUCGUUUACGCGGAUUCGGGACACAGCCACGGAGGCGGGGGAUACGGAGGCGGCGGAGGAUGGCAUAGGAGUCUGGAAGAUCCGCAUAAUAUUAUCUACAAAGGCCAGUGGACUGCCUCAUCAGAUAAUGGUUCAGAUGACGACGGGUUUUUCUAUUUCAGGAAAACUACGAAAACAUGAGAGAAUUGGCAACGAAGGGAAGAGCACAACCUGACGAAGAGCACGCAGCUCGUCGAGUUCAAGUUCUUUGAUCUUGACCGCGGCAUUGCCUUAUCGAUGUCGAUGGCGGUUAGUGCGCUUCCGAUGGUUACCAGCGCUUUUAAACAUCUUCCCGACGCAGCGAUGUUUUUCAAACCGCAAUUACUCGUUGUCUCGCUAACGUUCAUAUCUACAAUCGAGCCGAGCAGCCUGCGAAUGUUCGAAAGGAUCCUGGACCAGUGCUCCAAUAAAGAUGAAAUGUUCAAGUGCUUCAAAAUCCAGGCCAUCAAAGUGGUCGAUAGAGCCGUUAGAAUCAAAAAUAUGAAUAUUUUCGAAGGGGUUAGUUUGGUUACCAAGAGAAGAGAAGGCCGGAAUGUCGAGAAUGGAUUGAACCUUAAUGAAUCCAAACUGGAAAAUCUGAAUUCUGAUCAAUUGGAUGAUAUGCUUGAAAAUACUACAGAUAGAUUUAUGAAAACGCAUCAAUUAGAAAUAAAAGUUCCAAAAAUAUUAAGCGACCAACAAGAAGAAGCUAGAAAAAAGAAAGGGCAAGGAGGAGGAGGAAACGCCGCUUUGUACUGGGCUUUGGCGAUAAAAGGAACCUUCCUGGCGAUAGCUUACCAAGGUAUAGCAGUAAUGUCGGGCCUGGCGAUCAUUAUGGGCAAGAUGGCCCUGCUGCUCACCGCUAUAUUGGGAUUGAAGAAGUUGGUCAACGGCAAUAAAGAGCAAACCACGUUUGAGAUAAUAAAGCAACCCAAAUACAGCGAGUCUCAUACGCACUCGACCUCAUUCGACGAAGAAGAAGGCUACAGCCAUCACAGGUCCGACGAGCCGAACGGCGCACAGGACAGUUUCGAGAGUACCGGUGUUCGAGUAGCAUUAAAAAUUUACGAUGAUUGUUCGAAAGCCGAAGGAUUUACGUCGUGCUUGAAGAAAAAAGCCAUCACCUUCGUUGACAGGCUAAGUCGCAUGGAUAAGUUCACCGUUACCGAAGGGGUUGUAAUACAAAAAUCAGCCGAAGCACCUAAAGAUGGACCCGCUAUUACUGAGGAACAAUUGGACAACACCCUGCCAAGAUCAUCGGAUGCCAAAGAUGCAGCUCUGUCGGAAAUGCUCGCCAACAAGAUCAGCAACUUCGUUGGAUCCCGCACCAUAGAAGUGGCUUUACCCAAAAUUUCCCCCUCGGAACUCAUCGAAGAAGGUCGCAAGGGAAGCGGUGGCGGCGGCGGCGGCGGCGGAGGCAAAAAGGGAGGAAUGAAGGGCAUGAUGAACGGCAUGAUGAUGGGAAUUGCAGCUAAAAUGGCCGCUUUAGUUCCCCUGGCAAUCGCCGGACUUUUCCUGUUGGCCGGUAAAGCUUUGAUUACCGCCAAGAUUGCCCUUCUCAUCUCCGGUAUCAUCGCCAUCAAGAAACUGUUCGCCCAGAAACAGGCAGGCGGAGGCGGCCACGGCAGUAGCAGCGGCUGGCAAGCCGGCGGCGGCGGCGGCGGCGGCGGCUGGCAAUCCAGCGGCGGCGGUUGGGACAAGAGGUCCUACAAUGAAGCUCAAAACUUGGCUUACAACGCCUACAGCCCUAAAUAG